AUGAUUACUACCAUAAUAAUAAUGGCGUUUAAUAAUCAAAAAGCGUUGACAGUCGUAAAGAUCGUGAUGGAAGUGCUGUACGUGUUGUUCACGAUUCUCUGUAUUUAUAUAAUAGUGGUCUCGAGUAUAACGCUGUCCGACACCGAGACCUACACUAAGGAAGACAAAGAUAUUAAAGAGGAGGCAAAAACUCUUCUGGCCACCGGGGUGAUUGGAUUAAUAUUAACAGUCAUUGGUUUGGCGGGAAUUAUAAAGGAAAACAAAUGUAUCGUGAUCGUUUUGUUGGUUUUAACCAUCAUCGGUAUUAUGUCAAACUUUGCCACUAAUGAUUACGUGGCCACCGCAGUUGACAAUUAA